CGCACCGUAGACCCCGGGGUUGGGGUGGGGGGGGGGCGUUCGCUGAAGGCCCGGCUUGGGGAGAGGCAGCGAGGCGUGGAGAUGGGCGCCAGCCAGCACCGAGUUUCUUCCUGAAGCGGCUGCGUCCAGUGAGCCCGGGAAGGUCCUUGGUCCGGAGAGCCAAAGGGGAAACGUGGGAUGGAGCACAUAUCCUGCCUUCGUCGUGGAUACGCCACCAGGGGUUGUGUUCCCCUGCGGUUGUGCCGUGGUCGAGCGUGUGCUGUCAGACUGGAUGAGCGUUUCAGGUGAAGUCCGCAGAGACCCGCCUGGGGCCUGGUCCUGGCUGGAGUUGGCAUUCCUGCCUCGAGUGAGAAGGAAGAAGUUGGGUUUGUAACCAUGGGUGCUUUGGAGAUGUGGCCAACCAAGAUGGAAGUCCCAAACUGACCGUGAAAAAGUGGAUACUGAGGGUGAGAUGUUACGACCCAAGCGAGUCUGGAGGCUGCAGCGGAGCUCAGAAUGACGUGGUAUUUAUGCUUUGGCAAAAAAGGCAAAACAUCACUCGGGUGUAUUUAUGGUUCACGUAUGAGACUAGAGACAUCAAAACUCUCCACUCAGCACUGAAAGUCCUUAGUUGUGGAGUUGUGUUAGGUGUGUUAGGUUUUGCUGCUCUGCUUUUAAGAAGAAUGUAAAUAAACUUAGAAAAGAAUAACAGAAGUGACAGAUUUAGGAAACAGCUAUGGAAGACAAUAAAGAAAGGGCUCUCUUUUGUCUAGAAAAGGAUGAGGGAUUGAGAUCUUAUUCCAUUUUCUGGUCUUUUUUUAGUUAGAUCUCUUCAUAGAUUUAGGCUUCUGAUUCUGUUUCAGCUACGUAGGGUGUGUGGUUAUACCACAGUAUGUAAGAUUGAACAGAUGCAGUAGGUAGCAGGAAAAGCUUUUACAGUUGGGUGAAUAUUAUCCACCCAAUUUCUAUUAGAUGGAUCUGUGACUUUAUUGGUGAACAGAGUGUUUUGUCCCAGAAUGCGUUUUGUUAUGUUCUUGUUUUUUAAUGGUUCCACAAUCAUCUUAAAUGUUUAGAAGAUUCUUACUUUAUGUUAAUUUCUUAACCAAUUGUGUUUAAUGUUGUGGUGUUACUUGUUUCUUCUUUAUGCAUGUAAGCUUCUGGUUUUUUUGAGUGGAUUCCUUUCUCUCGCAAUUUCAAAAACAUGGAAAGAUUUGAGGUGUUCUCUGUUAUGCAUUCUGGUAAACUUCAGGAUGGAAAUUUAAAGACUGCCUUUAACAGCCAAAGGUGUUAUAAUCUCUUUAUAACAUCUGGUACAUUGGUCAAUUUGUUACAACUUCAGUCACUUUUUUUUGCAGUGCAAAGAUCACAAAUCGGACUCAGGUUUAGAGUCUCUAAUUAUCUUGUUAUAAGGAAAAAACUGGUAAUGUGAAGUGCUUAUGUUACUGAACAGUUUAUAAAAACAGGUUUCUGAUAUUUAAUUUAGAAAUAAUUUUCUAUGAGAACUAUCUUGGCUCAUUGAUGCCUGGGAAUUUUGCAUGCAGGACAGAAAUACAGUGUAUUCGGCAGGGAUGAGUUCCUAUGGAGCACGUUCCAUUGAUACAUCUCAGAUGUCUGUUAGGUCCUCAGCCAAUGUUUAAUGUACACUUCCUUCUACUGAAUUCCUUGCGUACGGAACUGCUACUACAAAAGUUCUGAGUUUUCUGGAUGUUGCGUAGUUUACCCUAUAAGAAGUAAUCAUUUGCAAUAUGUUCCUACCUAGUGAAUUUUAUGUUGUGUUUUCUUCUAAUGUAAGUAUGGGAAGUAUGAGGAAAUGAAGUCUUAAAAAUCUUGAAGAAAUGCAAGACUCAUCACACAUGACAGGGAAAAAAAAAAAAGGAAGGAAUGAACUGGACACGUGCGAAUGCAUAGAGGUGAGGUUGAGAGCAUUGUAUCCACAAAAAAAAAAAGGGUAAGAGAAAGGGAUUUAGGCACACUGCUUAGUUCUGUCGAGCAAGAUUGUGCCACAUUUUGUCAUGAAAACUUUCAAGGAAAAACUUCCUCUGGAAGCCUGAGAAGAAUGGUGCCUUGUACUUUGGGAAAAGAUAGGAAAGGAGUGAAUGGAUUUCCAAAUUAUUGGUGUAAAGACUUGAAACCCAUGUGAACAGCCAGGACUGUGUGCUGAAAUCUUGUUAGCGCUCCCCUAAGCAAUUACUUGGAAGCAUUCUAAAUGUCUGUCGCGGUUUCUCAGGGAUGUGUAUCUUUAAACAGGGGUGACGCUGAUGGUAGUGAUGAAGGCCAGACGGAACAUGGCACGAAUGUCGCCAUUCCCGGCAGAGCUAAGUCUUCUCAUAACAAUGAAGACCCGUCUGAUGAUGAACUGGAAGAAUAUGAUUUGGAAAAUUAUGAUGAAGAGGAACACACAGGUGAUCUAAAACUUGGAGACUCUUUGGCUACUCUGGCAGUAUAUGGGAGUAAUGAUCAUGAUCCUUACAUCACUCUAAAAACCACUGAUCAAUAUGAAGAGGAGGACUUUUUGAUUAAGCCCAGUGACAAUCUUGUCCUUUGUGGCAGAGCUGAUAAAGACUACUGUAGUUUGGAGGUCCAUGUUUAUAAUCAUGAAGAGGACUCAUUUUAUGUACAUCAUGAUAUUAUCUUGCCUGCUUACCCUCUAAGUCUGGAAUGGCUGAAUUUUGAUCCUAGUCCUGAUGAAUCACUAGGAAAUUAUGUUGCAGUGGGUAACAUGACCCCGGUUAUUGACAUUUGGGACCUUGAUAUAGUAGAAUCCUUAGAACCAGUCUUUUCUCUUGGAAGCAAGAAAGAGAAAAAGAAGAAAAAGAAAGUAAAGAAAAGUUUAUCCUCAGAAGGGACGGUGAAAGGACAUACUGAUGCUGUGCUUGAUCUUUCAUGGAAUAAACAAAGCAGGAAUGUUUUAGCAAGCGCGUCUGCUGACAAUACUGUAAUUUUGUGGGAUAUGUCUGUGGGUAAGCCAGCAGCCAGCCUGAUGCUACAUACAGACAAGGUCCAGACAUUGCAGUUUCAUCCGUUUGAAACUCAGACCCUUAUUUCUGGAUCUUACGAUAAAUCAGCUGUUCUGUAUGAUUGCAGAAACCCACAAGAUAACCAUCGAAUGUGGCGGUUUAGUGGUCAGGUUGAAAGAGUAACCUGGAAUCAUUUUUCACCUUGUAAUUUCUUAGCAAGCACAGAGGAUGGCUUUGUGUACUGUCUGGAUGCUCGUUCUGAUAAGCCACUGUUUACUCUGAAAGCUCACGAUGAAGAGGUGUCAGGGCUACAACUAAGCAGUCAGAUUAAAGGGUGCCUCGUGACAUCAUCUGCUGACAAAUACGUGAAAAUUUGGGAUAUCCUGGGAGACAGACCAAGUUUAAUCCAUUCCAGGGAUAUGAAAAUGGGUGUUCUCUUCUGUGCAGCUUGCUGCCCUGACUUCCCGUUUGUUUUUGCCUUUGGAGGAGAGCGAGAAGGGCUGCGUGUUUGGGAUAUAAGCAAGAUUUCUGCAGUGAAUGAAGUUUUUGGAAACAGAGAGAGACAUGUUCUGGCUAGUGCCAAUUCUGUGGCUUGCAGCUCCGUGGCCGGCAGUAGCAGCAACGAUGUGGAGACAGCAAUGGAAUCGUGAUGGACCAUCAAAAAAUCAAAGUAAUUAAUGGGACUAUGACUAACGUGUAUUCUACAAAUCGCCAUUUGGUUAGAGUUCAUAGAAAUUACUUGAAUGGCAUGCAAUCUGCAGGCUUCUUCAUCUCAGAUGAAGAAACGCAGUGUGGCUAAGCUCUAAGUCAGCAGUCCUAAGUUCCUGCCUUUAUUACUGGCUUUGAAAGAUUAAAUUACUUGCUUUUGCCUGAGAUUAUGAUCCCUGAAACAGGGGCUACUAUGUGUAAAGUUGAUAUAUAAAAUGAAACAGUCACUAAAAAAGCAUUCUGCUACUACCAGCAGUUUGUUGACUACUGCAGAGAAGGUAAAUACCUUCUAAGGGCAUAAGGAAAAAGACUUCAGACAGCAGUUGUAUAAUAAAAAAAAGCUGAAUGAAAUGACAAGUGUAAAUAGAUAAUUCAUCCUUAAUUUGAGGCUAGAUGUACAUAUUUCUAAUACAGAUUUUAAAAGUUCUAUGUAACUUUUUUAAGUCUUAAUAGUAUUUCUUGGCCCUUCUUAAGUUGGAGUACCUGACUACAAUCUUGAAAUGUAUUUGUAGCACCUCAGAUCACCACUAUCAGACCAUAAAUCCCAGCUCUCUCCCAUCAAGAUGGAGGGUCUCUUUUCCCUGAUUCUACAGCACCUGAAGUGUAUUGAUGUUGCCAUGUGUAUUGGGUUUUUCUUCAAGCUCCAAAUGUAGUAUCCAUAAAGAGAAUUUGAACUGAAAUAAGGAGCUACUAUGCAGAAGAGGGUGGGAGGCUGUCAGGACACAAAGCAAGGGUAGGGAUCUCAGCUGGUCACUGUCACUCGUGAAAGCUGUCUGUGUUAUGUACUUAGGUUCUUAACUCCUCCCAGGCGUUUCGGCCUGAAACCUGAAGGCACAGAGGAACAUUCUGAGUAUCAGCCUAACCCCUGACUUACUUAAAUGCUUUGUUUAUAGCAUCAGGAACCUAAUCAAGGAAUGCGAGUCAAACAAUUUCAUCACAUUUAAAAGGAACACCUAAGUGCCUUACCCCAGGCCAGAAGUUAAAGGAUACUCUCAUCCUCUUGUGAAGUGCUUCCCUCCACUAGAAGGUGUCUGUUAAAGUGCUGCUGCUACAAAAAUGCCCUGGGUAUUAAAGCAACUGGUAUCAUAGUGUCAGUGCAUGUAGUUGACAAGAUCUUAUGGCUGCUUUCCACUCUAGCUCAUUGUAACUCAUUCUGGUGAGAUAAAGCAGAUGAUAGAUCAAUUGUAUCAGUACAAACAGCAGAUGGGGGAAAGGCAGGGCUGUAGAUUUCCUUCCCAUUCCUUGAAGUUAGGUUGCUGCUUCUGAAUCCAAUUCAGCUGUUUCUAGUCUGGUGACAGAUGUUUAGCAUGGCUCUGCAGGAACCUAGAA